CCGCGCAACGUUCACAUAAGUGUUCACACACACGGCGUACGAAGAGGCGCUGCGAUCGCUUAAGACGUCACAGUUUUGGGCGACCAUCACGACGUCGCUCGCGUGUUUCUUUCACUCUUCCAAGGCACGUAAAUAUGGCUCCGGUCGUUGCAAAGAAGCCCCCCGUAGGGCAGCCUGCUAAGAAGCAGAACCUGCGUGGUAAAGGUCAGAAGAAGAAGAAGGUUUCCCUCAAAUUUACCAUCGACUGCACUCACCCUGUUGAAGACAACAUUAUGGAUGUUGCGAACUUCGAGAAAUACCUUCAGGAGCGCAUCAAGGUUAGCGGAAAGACCGGAAACUUUGGUAACAAUGUUAAUCUGGAGCGCAACAAGAUGAAGCUCUCAGUGAACAGCGACGUUCCAUUUUCUAAGAGAUACCUAAAGUACCUCACCAAAAAAUACUUGAAGAAGAACAAGCUACGUGACUGGCUCCGUGUUGUGUCUAAGGAUAAGGAUACCUACGAAUUAAGGUAUUUCCAGAUUAAUAGCCAAGAAGAUGAUGACGAAGAUGAUGCCGAAUGAAUAACAAUACGGUGACGGUGGCCUUUACAAACAUCUGUACAUAACUCUUGUUAAGUUAAUAAAUGCCAUCCAACGCAA